AUGUUCAAGAAUCUCAAGGGAAAGCAUAAACAAGCCAAAGCCUCCACCCCGGAGAGCGACAAGGGCCAAGACAUAACCUCCGUCUUGGACCGGUCGCAGCGUGCCGAGCUGACCUUGUUGGUGGCUGAGUCCAUGGAGUCGAUGCGGACUCAAAUCCAUGAGGUUUUUGAGGCGCCUGAGAAGACGUCUCCGAAGACUUCUCCCACUCGCUCUACUGCGGAGAAUUCCCCUACAGAAAACGAAAAGCAAGAAGAUACGCCACAGAAUAGUGACACGCCUUCAAGUGAAAAUGGCAGCUCGCAGCCUAGACAAUCAAGGCAAUCGGCCCAAAGAGCAGCCCAGCUAGCUGCAUGGAAGCGUCGAACUAAAGAAAGGGCGCUCUCUCAUUUCGAUGACUGGCGUGAUGCCGUCUUGCUGCGAAUUGGCGAAGCCGUCAAUAAGGGUGAUGACAGCGAGGAGAAGCAACAAGCGCAGAAAAAAGCCAACGAAAAGGCUCAAACGGUGGAACUCCCCCUGGAAGAGGAUCCGACCAGAAUGGAAAAAUUGCAUGAAGUCUACCAUCCCGUGGAGACGCCGUUGACCAAGCUUCCCAAGGCGACAAGGCUACUUAUUCUCCACUCUCUGCUCCUUUUGCUGCUUAGUUUGGAGCACUAUAAUGCCCAUUCGCGCAUUCUUAUGCUGCAUGCUGCAUCCAGCUUGGACAUUGACAUUAAUAUCCUCAAUGAGGAUGAAGUCAAAGUGGCUCGCGGGUUACUCGAUACGGCUCUAGCACUAUCAUCGAAUCCUGAAGCGCAGCAGCAGCAGGUCAAGAAAAGCGAUGGCACCCGGAAAUGGAAGGUCGGCAUUGCAUCCGUGGCCGGUGCUGCUUUGAUCGGUGUCACUGGCGGACUCGCCGCCCCCUUAGUGGCUGCGGGCAUUGGAACCAUCAUGGGCGGACUGGGUCUCGGUGCAACUGCUGCAGCUGGUCUUCUGGGAACGCUGGCUAGCAGUGGUGUUGUGGUUGGUGGGUUGUUCGGAGCCUACGGUGGACGGAUGACGGGACGAAUGAUGGACAAGUACGCCCGCGAGGUCGAUGACUUUGCCUUCAUUCCCAUCCGUGGUCCGCGAAGACGCAGCAACGAAAAGGAAAGCGAAGAAGCUCGGCAAGAUCAUCGGCUGCGAGUUACCAUUGGCGUCACUGGGUGGGUGAGGGAGGAGUCGAACUUUGUGGUUCCGUGGCAGGUUGUGGGCGCCGAUUCUGAAGUGUUUGGUCUCCGCUGGGAAAUGGAGCCUUUGAUGAAGCUCGGAAAUGCAAUCCGCACCCUUGUCACAAGCGCGGCAUGGUCAGUGGCAGGUCGUGAAGUCCUGGCUCACACCAUUUUUGCCGGUAUCAUGUCUGCCGUGAUGCUGCCGCUUGGUCUGCUGAAGGUUGCCGGUGUCGUUGAUAAUCCGUUCAGCGUAGCCAAGGCCCGGGCAGACAAAGCAGGCGAGGUGCUUGCUGAUGCACUGAUCGAUAAAGUCCAGGGAGAACGACCUGUCACUCUGAUCGGGUACUCGUUAGGGUCUCGCUUGAUUUUCUCUUGCCUUCAGAGUCUGGAGAGGAGAGGCGCUUACGGACUGGUCGAGUCAGCCAUCUUUAUGGGAUCACCCACGCCUUCAGAUGCCGACCACUGGCUCCGAAUGCGCAGCGUGGUGAGUGGGCGUCUCAUCAACGUGUUCUCUCAGAAUGAUUCUGUUCUCGCCUUUCUCUACCGGACCAGCAGCCUCCAGCUUGGUGUCGCGGGACUUCAAAAAGUUGAAGGCGUGCCGGGAGUGGAGAAUAUCGACAUGAGCGAGUCUAUCAGUGGUCAUCUCCGGUAUGAAUACCUGCUGGGCAGAAUCCUGACGACGAUCGGACUGCAGGACAUUGACGCUCGAGAAAUGGAACAAGAGGAAGCUGCCCUUGCGGAGGAGGAUCGUCGUGAAGAAGAGGAACGCCUGCGCAAUGAGAAAAAGGCCGGAGUGAAAGAUCGAGAGUCGUCUGCUGCAAAAGAAACCGUGAACAGCGAGGAAGGUGUUAGUGGCGAAGAUACACGGCUGCAAAAACAGGUCGAGACGCAGACCCAGGAGAACAUGAAUCAGCACCGGAUUCAUCGGUUGGAUCUGGACGAAGAUGGCAAAGACGAUGACUAUUCCAAACCAUUAGUCGAAGAUCCCUCUAAACACUCUGCCCUGUGA